AUGUCUCAUCUGUCGUAUAAGCUAGGAAGGAAAGGACAGCUCAACCUACCUGGAAUUACCCAUGCUUCGAAGAAAACUGUGGAGGAUCUCUUGUUGAAGGAUGCGGAAAUUCAUCAUUGUUUCUUCAACUCUGCGGGGUUUCACAACCAUCUAAGCCACCAUCUUCUGGCUGCGUAUGACCUCGGCGCUUCACCAGGUCAUUUGCAAAAGAUGUAUGAUGAUGAAGCAAGGUACCAACGUCCGAUCGUAUCUCAAGACAAAGAAAAAGAAAAUGUAGUCGACGAUAAUAACUGGGUUCAGUAUCUUGGGAAUAGUAGUGCCUACAAUGCAUUCGUAAAGUUCUUUGCGAACAAGGUGCAAACUCUGGGAGUCACAGGAACUCUGGAAAAAUAUGUUUUUGAAGAAGAAGCUAAUGCGGACCACGUCCUUAUGCUCAAUAGAGUUGUAAGCGGGGCGAUUCAUCCGUUCAUACUACUUGGCUACGGAGCUGAAUUUGGCAACGAUACUCUCAUCGUAACUGGUCUCGCCCAGGCAGCUGUACAUAGGGCAGGUACUGUAUUAACCAGCAAAUCAUACGUCGAGCCGUCGCAAUCCGUGAACCUGUUCGAACUCCUUCGCGAGGUGUACGACUCCGAAGCACUGAAACCAGCCUUGCCCUAUGACCCUAAUGCAUUUAUCAAUGCCCGUAUCCAGCGGGUCGUGGAAAAUGGGGGCGCUGAAGAAAUUAGGCGGCUGUGCGCAAAGUAUUCCAUCAGUCGUGAUAUCACGGACAGUGAAUUGGCGCAGAAGACAGAAGAAGUAAUUUGGGUCAGCACGCUACUUACCUUUGCUACGGGAAGGAAAGGAAGGAAACCUCGCUUGGAUUUCUUCCUCAUGCACAUACUUACGUCUUCACUUUUCCUUCGCCCGUGGCUCUCUGUCUUGAAGAAGCCUGAGCACAAGGCGGAACUUUUGCGCGUCUAUAUUCCAGUUUUGAUUCUCACCAUGCUUUCCCGAGGCCGGCCGAGGAUUGAUCCUGAGUACAUCAUGUCGUUUACCGACGUCCCUCGCCCGCCGUUAGACAAAAGUCUAUUUCCCAAACCAAUCAAAACUUCCUUAGGAUCGCCCACCAAUGACGAGGAUUACGAUCCUUGGCCGGCGCUUAUCGAAGGAGUCCAGUACCACCAAGAUGCUCACGUCUUGAAGGCAUUGCGAACUCUCAUCUACGGAGCACAACAUUUUGGAAUUACACCACCUGGAGAGGUUCCGGGGACAUUCAGAUCUUCAAACAAUAAGGAAGAGACACAUAUUGGCAUGGCAAAGGUCGAUGGCACGGUCUUCGUCAGGGCAGCGGGGUUGUUAAUGAAUACGUUGGGGUGGGCGGGGUAUGGUCAAGAGGAAGGUGAAUGGGACAGAAGUGCCUUGGGGUGGAACGCAGCCUGGGAAGGCAAAGACUGA